AUGAGGGGCGGCAAGAUAGAGCGUUCGGGGUGCCCUGGGAUCUGUGGCCCGCAGGCCGCGACCACAUCAACCCUGUCUUUCUCAAGCUUCCGAAACUCCUUCACCACCAAUGUCAAUUACCUGAAACGAAGUUCAGUGGAGGCGUUGCGCAGAUUCAGCUCGGGGGACCUGCAGUCCGAGUGCGAUGAAGGCGAGGUGGACCCCUACACCGGCCGCCCGGCCACCACCAGUCAGCCGAAACCGCAGAAUCAAAGGCCGGCCUCCCAGGCCACCGGGGGGAGUCUCAGCGGCGCUUCGGGUCCUCCUCCCGCACCGUCUGCGAGUGUAGCCGCCGCAGCGAACAGUGGCGGGGACCUCUCACUGAACUUGCGAGGAGGAUCGCGCGGGACCUCCGCUCCCUCCUCCCCGGCCAAGUCACGCGAGUCUCUCCUGCAACGAGUACAAUCCCUCACUGGCGCCGCAAGAGAUCAAGGCGCCAAUUUAUUAGGGAGCGUGACGUCAGUAGCAUCUGUGGGUCGCGGGUACAACCGGGACCGAUGUGUGACGCUGCUGGUGGUGGAUGAUCAGAACACCGACUGGUCUAAGUACUUCCGAGGCCGCCGCUUGCCCGGCGAGUGGGACAUCCGCGUCGAACAAGCCGAGUUUAGAGAAUUGACCGUGACGGCCAAUUCUGACGGAGCCAACGUAUCUAUGGCCGUUUAUCGCAGCGGCACCAAAGUCACUAGAUGCUUCAAGCCGGAUUUCGUGUUGGUGAGGCAAAACGUUCGCGAUGCGGGGGCCGACCAUCGGGCCCUACUUCUGGGCCUCAAGUUUGGAGGCGUACCUUCCAUCAACAGCCUCAACUCCAUCUACCACUUCCAGGAUCGCCCUUGGGUGUUCGGCCAUCUUCUUCAACUACAACGGCGCCUUGGCAGGGAGAACUUCCCUCUCAUCGAGCAGACCUACUAUCAUAACCACACCGAUAUGGUCACGGCGCCAAAAUUCCCGGUGGUGAUCAAGAUUGGGCACGCACACAGCGGCGUCGCCAAGGUUAAAGUUGACUCCGUGGCUGACUUCCAGGAUAUCGCCGGGGUCGUGGCUAUGUUAGGCACUUACUGCACGGUGGAGCCAUACAUCGACGCAAAAUACGACAUCCAUAUACAAAAAAUCGGCACUAACUACAAAGCUUUUAUGCGCAAAUCUAUAUCGGGAAAUUGGAAAACCAAUCAGGGAUCUGCGAUGUUGGAAGCUAUCGGCAUGAACGAUAGAUACAAGAUGUGGAUUGACGAGGUGAGCGAGAUAUUCGGCGGCCUGGAAGUUUGCGCCCUGGAGCUGGUUGUCGGCAAGGACGGUCGCGAGCACAUCAUCGAGCUCAACGACUCUGCCACCUCCUUCAUGGGCGACUCGCAGGAGGAGGACCGCCGCCAUCUUGCCGAACUGGUGUUGCAGCGUAUGCAGGCGGUAUGCCGUCCCGGUAUAACGAAGACCACAUCCCGGAGCUCAGUAUCGGGCAGCUCUGCAGCAGGUUCGCCAACUGAGGAGCGCGCGCCGCCGGUGGGAGCGCCGGGGCCACCGAGCGUACCACCACCCGCGCCACUUGCAUCGGCUGCAAGUAUUGACCGCCCGCUGCCGCCGAUACCCGCGGAGCCGUCCCAGCCACCGCCGCCACCACUCACGCGACGCGACUCCCAGGCUUCUCAAUCAUCAACGGUGUCGUCAGUGUCAGCUGCGCCGAGCACCACGAGCAGUUCUGCUCCGACAGCCGCCGCCCCCAGCGCGAGCUCCACCCCGGGCCGCGGGGGCUUCGCGCGGCAGGGCUCGCUCAGUGCAGCGCUCACUGAAGACGCCGAAGACACCAUGAAGAAUCUGCGCAAGACAUUCGCUGGAAUAUUCGGUGACAUGUAAACUCAAUGUCAUCAAAACUAUUCGGACAAUAGACGAUGUAAUUAAAAAGAAAGAAAACGAAAAAACUUUUAACAAAACAAACCCCAAAAAAAUUCAUACAAACCCAAAUAAAGGUACAUACUUUCGGCAAUGACGACCUAAUAAAUUCACAACACGUCUGUUGCCCGCAGCAUUAACCCGUAGUUAAAUAGUCAUCUAACUGUCUCAGUAUACAUUUUACUGAAAAACCAAAACGGUCAUGAUACUUUAGUAAAUUGGUAAUGGCAGAACCAAAAUAACCCAACCCAAUGAGAGAAUGCUUUUAUGACAAUUUUAACCAGCAGAUGACCCAUCCAAUUGCACAUAUUCGAGGUCAUCCCUCUAAUAGUGUGUUGAUUACAACCUCGUUAUGAACAGAAUUUUAAGCAUAGUAUGUAAAAUAACUAUAGAUUUUUACAAUAAGUUUAUUAUAAAUAUGAAAAUACGAAUCAACUGAGCUGCAUUGUGAUCGAACCCGUUCGGUAUCCGCGAGGCGCGUUGCCUUGCGUGUUGUAGUGUUUCUCUCUGUCUCCGACUCCCUUCUACACUCGCUGCACCUUCGUACGAGAUCAGUAUCAAGUGGACGUAAGCAAAUAAACACUAUUCUUUAUUAAUAGUUGUUACGGAAGACAAAUAAUUCAAAGCAAUACUAGGAUGGGGAUAUAAAGGCGACAAGAACAAGUGAUUAGAGUAUAUCGAUUUCGGAAAUCGAACUAUACUUAAUUGCAAACAUUCGAUUCUACGAAAUGUUUAACUACCAAUUCUGGGAUGUGGAAUGAGGCACUCAUAGACGUUGAAAAAGGGAAAUCAAUAUACGCUGUCGUCCUGUUAGAUCUAAUUUGUUGGCAAUUGGGAUAUGAGCAAUGCUAUUGAAGACAAUAUUGUUAAACGCAAGAAUUGAUCCACAUUUUAUAUAUUAUACCUUAUUACUAGUUGUAUUUCAUAGUCUUAAGAAUAUAUUGUUAUAUGUACGUCUUCGUAUGUGUGAAUCACGCUUCGUUUAUCACGUAGGUAUCAAUGUAUCUACAAAUCAAUAUUGUUUAUGCUACUUCUUCAUCAAUUAUUGUAAUAAGCAUAUGCUAUCGAGAUUUAUUAUAUCCAUUUACUAGUACAGACUCGUGAUUUUCUUGGUUUUAUGAGGAGAGGUUGACGAGGUGGUCAACGUAGUGUGAUGAUACGUCAUAUCAGAAUGACUCGUGUGCAUCUUGGCUAGUGCAUUGUGCUAUCAUGACUAUUCAAAGUUUAACUUUAAACUUAUUAUAAAGUAAUGUUAUACUAUUUUUUAGCUAAUGCGAAUCCUACGUAGACAUUUCAAUGUGUAGUUAAUAUUUAAUUUACUUAAUCACACUUUCGUAGAACAUUCAUAAAUUAAUACCUUGUAAAUUUUAAGCGUUUUUAUAUAACAAACAGAUAAUAUUAUAACCAAGCCCACUUGUUAUCGUAGAUUUUACAACGAAAAUAGUUAUAUACGUAUACAAAUGUAAGUUAAUAACUCAUUAUGUUAAGACAGUGGUAUCAGAAGCAAGCGUUAAGUUUGAGCAAAACAAUAGGUACCUGCGUUUAGUUGGUUGAGACUUGAGAUAGUAUCAGUUUAUAAUAUUUUACGACUAUCCUUCGUUGUUGGCGCCGCGGUACUGGCAUACCGUAUACCUAGUACCUAGGUAACGUUUAAGUAAAUAUACUAUAAUUGACUCGUGUAAGUCUGCACCGGUAGUUAGAUUUUGACACAAAUCCUUAGUAUCGAUAGCCACGACGUAGGUAUGUGUAAACUAAUUACGUGUCUAUAAAAUGCGCAAUUAGAUAAUUAUUACUACUUUUUCAUACAAAUAAAUUAAAUUAAUAAUUGAAUUAUAUUUAGUGGAUGUUAUGAAUUUCAUUUAGUACGACAUAUUUACUUAUUUAAAAUUUUAGCAUAUUUUAUUUAAUUUAUAUAGUUUGAAAACUUUGACAUUUGUUACUUGUUAAGAAUAUGAUAUAAACACUCAAAUUAAUAUAAAUGCUGUUGUUGUUGUUGCUAACAAGUUAUACAAUGUGUACUCAAUAUGAAAGGGAUGGAGAGAGUCACGGUGAGGGACGCGACCCGGCUCCUGAGUCGCGCUACCCUUGCCUAUGUAACGACUUAUCGUGACUUCCAUCUUCUAUAGGUAAUUAAAGGGCAUGGUAGGUCACAACAUUAGUAGAUAAUAAUCUGCUUGACGGAUUUAAAAUUUAAACCAAAGGGUUUAUGGAACUACCAUAAUGAUAUGAUAAUUUACUAAUGUUAUAAGCCCUGAGAGGUUUUCGUAGGAGUUUGCAAUAAUAUGAUAUUUUUAUCGUGUGUGGCCUCCAUGUCCUAGUUCGGAUGGAAUAUGUUAAUGGAAUUUGAAUGCAUGUUAAUCUAUAUAAUAUGAAUAAUAAUAAAUACCUUUUUGGUAAGUCAAUACCGA